UGGUCACGGCCGGGAGGGAGGGAGCCGCCGCCUCCGCCGAGCCCGGCCCGGCCCCGGGACCUGCCCUCGCCCGGCGCUAGGGAGCCGGGCCGGCCGGGCGGCGCGGGGCUGCGCGCGGGGGCCCCGGGCGGGACGCCGAGGCGGGGCCCCCAAGCCCCCCGCGCCGAGAACAUGAGUGAAAACCUGAAGGACUGUUUGAUCCAGACCCAGACUUCCUUAGGGGAGAUGGUAACUAUAAAGACUGAGGCCUGUUCUCCACACCGGGACCAGGAGUAUGGACAACCCUGCUCUGGGAGGCCUGACCCACAGUCCAUGGAGAUAGAGCCUAAGAAACUGAAAGGGAAACGGGACUUAAUAAUGACAAAGAGCUUUCAGCAAGUAGAUUUCUGGUUUUGUGAGUCCUGCCAGGAGUACUUUGUGGAUGAGUGUCCAAACCAUGGUCCCCCUGUGUUUGUGUCAGACACUCCAGUGCCUGUUGGGAUCCCUGACCGGGCAUCACUGACCAUCCCGCCUGGCAUGGAGGUGGUGAAAGAACCCAAUGGGGAGAAUGAUGUGCGCUGUAUGAACGAGGUUAUCCCCAAAGGUCAUAUCUUUGGGCCAUAUGAGGGGCAGAUCUCCAGCCAGGACAAGUCAGCUGGAUUUUUCUCUUGGCUGAUUGUUGAUAAGAACAACCGCUACAAAUCCAUAGAUGGGACAGAUGAAACCAAAGCAAACUGGAUGAGGUAUGUGAUCAUAUCCCGAGAGGAGAGAGAGCAGAACUUGAUGGCCUUUCAGCACAGUGAGAGGAUAUACUUCCGAACCUGUCGCGACAUCCGGCCUGGAGAGAGGCUGCGGGUCUGGUACAGUGAGGAUUAUAUGAAGCGGUUGCAUAGUAUGUCCCAGGAGACUAUUAACAGGAACCUCACAAGAGGCGAUAAAAAAUCACAGAGAGAAAAGUCAGAAAAAAAUAUGGAAAAUCAAGAGGACAUGAGAGGCCCUCUUCAGCUUACCACAUUGAAGCAAGGGAAGAGCCCUUACAAGCGGAGCUGUGAAGAAGCAGAAUCCCAUCCCCAGACAAAGAAAAAGAAGAUAGAUCUCAUCUUCAAAGAUGUCUUAGAGGCUUCCCUGGAGUCAGCAAAGCUGGAAGAGCACCAGCUAACCACGAGCACCCCACUUUCCAUUAGAAAGGCAUCUAAAUACCAGACUGAAGAUGUCUUUGAAAGGUGUGGAACUACCAUUCAGCAUAGCUCCCCAAACCUCAGCAGAAACCGAAGUGAGGGAGAAUGGAAGGUCCCCCAUAGUUCCUCUUUUAGCACAGCCAAAGAGAUGGGUCUCCUGGAAGAUGAAGAAGAAGAGCCUCUGUCACUCAAGGCAGACAGCCCUACUGAACCAUCUCUGGCAUCCACUCAAGGCAAUUCACAUGAAAUCCCCACAACUUCCUUUUGUCCCAACUGCAUAAGGUUGAAAAAGAAGAUCCGAGAACUGCAGGCUGAGCUAGACAUGUUGAGAUCUGGCAAGUUACCUGAGCAGCCUGCUCUAGCACCUCAGGUACCUGAGCUUCAAGAGUUCUCUGACCCCACAGCUUCGGAAAGUAUCAUCUCGGUUCCUACAAUCAUGGAGGAUGAUGACCAGGAGGUGGAUUCUGCCGAUGAAUCGGUAUCCAAUGAUAUGAUAGCUGCUACAGAUGAGCCUUCCAAGAUGUCUUCUGUGACUGGCAGGAGGAUUCGACGCUUCAAACAAGAAUGGCUUAAAAAGUUCUGGUUUCUACGGUACUCCCCAACAUUAAAUGAAAUGUGGUGCCACGUUUGUAGGCAGUACACAGUGCAAUCCUCUCGGACUUCAGCCUUCAUCAUUGGCUCUAAGCAGUUCAAGAUACACACUAUAAAGCUUCACAGCCAGAGCAACCUCCACAAGAAGUGCCUGCAGCUCUACAAGCUCAGAAUGCAUCCAGAGAAGACAGAAGAGAUGUGCCGAAAUAUGACCCUGCUCUUCAACACGGCCUACCACUUGGCUUUGGAAGGCAGGCCCUACUAUGACUUUAGGCCUCUUGCAGAACUACUGAGAAAGUGUGAACUCAAAGUGGUGGAUCAGUACAUGAAUGAAGGAGACUGCCAAAUCUUAAUUCAUCAUAUUGCCCGGGCUCUUCGAGAGGAUCUGGUAGAACGGAUCAGGCAAUCUCCCUUCCUCAGCAUCAUCCUGGAUGGGCAGAGUGAUGACUUGCUGGCUGACACAGUUGCAGUUUAUGUGCAGUACACAAGCAGCGAUGGGCCUCCAGCAACUGAAUUCCUGUCUCUUCAAGAACUGGGUUUUUCAACAACAGACAGUUACCUCCAAGCAUUGGACAGGGCUUUUUCCAGUUUGGGAAUCAGAUUGCAGGAUGAGAAGCCAACUAUUGGUUUGGGAGUAGAUGGUGCUAACAUUACUGCCAGCCUGAGAGCUAACUUGUUCAUGACAAUCAGAAAGACAUUACCUUGGUUGCUUUGCUUGCCAUUUAUGGUACACAGACCUCACUUGGAAAUUUUAGAUGCAAUCAGUGGAAAAGAGCUUCCAUGUCUGGAGGAGCUAGAAAACAAUUUGAAGCAGUUACUCAGCUUUUAUCGUUACUCCCCCAAGUUAAUGUGCGAGCUGCGAGUCACUGCUGCCACUCUUUGUGAGGAGACCGAGUUCUUGGGAGACAUCCGAGCAGUGAAGUGGAUCAUUGGGGAGCAGAAUGUCCUUAAUGCUCUAAUCAAGGAUUACCUUGAAGUUGUGGCCCAUCUCAAAGAUGUCAGUGGUCAAACACAAAGAGCGGAUGCUUCUGCCAUUGCCUUGGCUCUCCUGCAGUUCCUUAUGGACUACCAGUCGAUUAAACUAAUCUACUUCUUGCUGGAUGUGAUCGCUGUGCUUUCACGCCUCGCCUAUGUCUUCCAAGGUGAAUAUCUCCUUGUGUCACAAGUGGAUGACAAAAUAGAAGAGGCUAUCCAGGAGAUCAGCAGGCUUGCAGACUCGCCUGGGGAAUAUUUGCAGGAAUUUGAAGAGAACUUCCGAGAAAGCUUUAAUGGCAUUGCUGUGAAAAAUCUACGGGUGGCUGAAGCCAAAUUCCAGUCAAUCAGAGAAAAGAUCUGCCAGAAGACCCAAGUGAUCCUAGCCCAAAGGUUUGAUUCACGUAGCCGGACAUUUGUGAAAGCAUGUCAGGUAUUUGACCUUGCAGCUUGGCCCAGAAGCACUGAGGAGCUCAUGAGCUAUGGAAAGGAAGACAUGGUGCAGAUAUUUGAACACCUGGAAACAGUCCCAUCAUUUUCCAGAGAAGUUUGCAGAGAGGGAAUGGACAUCAGAGGAAGUUUGCUGAUGGAAUGGCGAGAACUCAAGGUGGAUUAUUAUACCAAAAAUGGUUUUAAAGACUUACUUGGUCACAUUUGUAAAUACAAACAGAGAUUCCCACUGUUAAAUAAAAUAGUUCAGAUCCUUAAAGUCCUUCCCACCUCAUCAGCCUGCUGUGAGAAGGGACGCAAUGCCCUUCAGAGAGUGCGCAAAAACAACCGCUCUCGCCUCACUCUGGAACAGCUCAGUGAUCUUUUGACGAUUGCUGUUAAUGGGCCAGCCAUUGCCAACUUUGAUUGCAAGAGAGCACUAGAUAGUUGGUUUGAAGAGAAAUCAGGCAAUAGUUAUGCACUGUCAGCAGAAAUGCUGAGCAGAAUGUCCUCCCUUGAUCAGAAGCCGAUGCUGCAGAGCAUGGACCACGGCUCUGAAUUUUACCCUGAUAUUUAGGAAGGAAUGCCUCAACUUCAGAAAGCUGUUGAAUAAUUUUUUUUUUAAUCUAUACUCUAAACUUUGAUAUAUUAUAUAAGAUAUAUAUAUAUAUAUAUAUAUAUAUUAUAUAUAUAAAAAACCCACACUGAAAAUUUAAAGUUAAGGCGAUGUGCGUCUGAUAGAAGCUAAGUGGAAUUUUAAGAAUGAGACAAUGUUUGAAAUUUACUGAUGUCUCCAAACAUGGCAGCUGCAGUGUAGAUGGCAACAUUUCAUUCUUCAGAAGCAUGUGCUGGGGCCAUACUCUACAUGUUGAAACGUAACAAUCUAUAAGCUAGAUGACGGGUCUCUGUCAACCUCCUCCUCCUCACAGUAGCUUCCUUUGUAUGUGUAGUUUUUUAUUUUAAUUCCCUGAUUCUCUUUUCACACUUUAGUCCAGUUAUUGAGCCAUUUGAGCCCUUCGGUGAUGACCAGUAGAUUCCUGAUUUCCGACAGAGCACCCUGGUCAUAUAUGUUGGGAUCCCUCUUGUUUUGAAUAGAAGCUUUAUUCACUUACAGAGGCUGUUGAGGGGCUUGGUUUUUCUUUUUUCUUUUUUUUUUUUCCUUCUAUUUUAGAAAAAAAAAGUCUCAGCUAAACUGUGAUAUCUCAUUCUCAGUUCUCCCCACCGGUGGGCUGUGGAGUAAGGCAAGGCUUUCAGCUCCCCUUGUGAUAACCCAACUACCAGUUAUACAUAUUAUAAUACGAUGUCAUGUGCAGACUAUAAAAUAGCAUAAUAGAGAAGGCAGGGGAAAUUUUGCAUUUAUAUUUUUAUAUUAUAGGAGAUUUAAAAAUAUAUACAACUCUUAAAACCAGGGCUGCUGUGGAAGCUAGACAGCCGAUGAGUCAAAACCCAUCAUAGGGUAGAGAUUCUAGGGCUUAAAAAUUAUAUUCUAAUUUACAUUAUUUAUACUAUGUCUUUAUAAUCAUAGAUUGUUGUGGUUUUUGUUUCUGUUUUGUUUUAUUUUGUUUUUUGAAUGAGUGAAAGAAAACCUGCUAUAGUUCUGUGGCAGGGGAUAUCAAUGCAAGAUCCAUCUUGGGUUAUAAUCAUGUGAUGAUGUCCUUUAAAGGUUCAUGUACUCUCUUGUGACCAAGGUAAGGUGUUCCACAACAUGGCAGAAUGAUGACAAAAGGAAGAAGGAACGCUGUACUUCUUCCUGUGAAAUAUUUCUUCCUUUUUUGAAAAGGGUGCAAAGUCCAGCAGAAAUUUGAAAGUGGGACUAACACUUUAAAUGAUAAGUGAGAUUUUUUUAAAAGCAAAUGAGAUCCAUAUAUUUACAUAAUGUCAAUUCAGGUUAGAAAAAGCAAAAAUCAAUAAUUAAGGUGCAAAAAUUCCACAGAUGCUAGUGCCUUGCUCUGCUGAUGUGGCAUGGGCAGCAUCAACCUGGCUGGAGCAUCACAGGGGUGAAACAUAGUUACCCAGAAGAAUCAGGCUGGCAUGUUCUCACUUCCUAGAGGGACAAGUCUUGUGCCAAGUGUUGUUAUUUGGAAACAUGGUGGUGUCAGCAACACUGAACCUUUCUUUUCUCUAAUUACCCCCUGUCCUUGGUCUUGGUGCUAAGAUAUCUCUAGAACCGUUGCUGCUAGUUGAUAGCUUUUCAUUUAUAUAAAUAUAUAUAUAUAUAUAUAUAUAUAUAUAUAUAUAUAUAAUUAUUUUUUAAACUUUUGUUUUCAAUGGUGAUGUAGCAUGUCUGAAACCAAUCUCUCUUGGAGUCACUUUCACUGCCAGGGUUCACACACUGUCUUCCCCAGCAAAUCCACACACCUCUACCUGGAUCCCAUCCCCUCCCAAACUACUUUGCCCUGAACAGAAGCACACAGGUCACGUGGAGACAUGCGAUUGAGCUGCCAUCUUCCAGCUCAGCUCCUCAAACCCUGGACAUGGCAGAACUAGUUAUUCUGAUGCAUUUGAAAAUGUAUCCUAUCUAUAAAUCAACCCUUUUGGGGUAUGGUGAGGAGGAGAGAUGAACACUGCUUGAAGUACAUAUUGCAAAGAUUCCUAUACCUCUUGUCCUUACUCUGCGCUAUAUGCUAUUAUAAUAGGACAGUUUAUUUGGUCAGUUUUGAAAGGGUCAAAAUAGACUAUGGAGCCUGUGAUAGCUGAUGGGAUGGAAUACAGUUUGAAGCACUUAACUCCUUCCUCUCUGUCUCUGCCUCACCCCAUACAGUAAAUGAAAUGCGUAUGCUAGGACAGAUGCACCAGAGUGAGCUUGGUAGAUAAUGUCUAGUGUGAAUCCAGACAGCUAUUUGUAUUAGAAACCAGGAACUGGAAUGCUUUCCCCUGAAAUCCUCAUCCAGGUCCACAAGCAAGUCAGGUCAAGACACUGUUCCAUAUCAGCAUAGGGAAGGCAUUAUGUAAUACCUGGCAAGUGAAUUAUCAUAAUAUAUUGCUGAGGGUCCGCUUCUCCCCUUCCUCUCCCAACAGAGAUUUUCUUCAGAUUAUUCAGCUUCCCAGAUGAGGAAAGCUAGACCAGAUUGCCCUCUGAAACUGUGCAGACUCAGGCAACCCCUCGUUCAGAUAUACAGGAGAGUUUCUUGUAGAGACAGUGUUCUCAACCGCUGCUGGCCUGCGAAGUAAAACACUACCCAUUUCACCAUCACAAACCCACCCAGAUCAGGUUUCCUUUUGGAAUCUGUUCUAUACCUUCUUUACCCAAAAUCUGAGAAGAUAAAAAACAAAGUCCCCCCAAAGAAACAUUGCCUAAGCUUUCCGCUGUAACUGGACAAUGUGAAUUUAGAUACUGAGGAAGUGCAAGUAAUCCAGCAGCAGGAAUAGGAUGGGCUUAUUAGUUUCUUAUUACAGUACUUUCUAACUACACUCAGAUAUCUGGGAAAUCUUCAGCAAUAGAAAUGGCAACUGUAAAAAAAGGUACUUGAUGUAAGCUACUCUGAGUUUAAGGGAAACAAAAGACAGCUUCCACUCUCUUUAUUUUCUUCAGAACAAGAGCUUAGGAGCUCCAAGGGAUCCAUCUCUUCACCCUAACAGAUCUAUCCAUUAUCUUCCAAACAGAAAAAGUUAAUUGGCCUGUGGCUCUUUUUCAGAACAGAGCUUCAGAUUCUGUGGCUGUCUUGCUGGAAAGAGACACGUGGCCAAUCCACAAAUACGUUUAUAAACAGUAAAGCUCACCUGCUUCUUGUUCAAACCAGUGUUCGUGCCACGGAAAAGCCUGUUUACAACCUCUACCCCAUCAUCCUUUUUUGCUGAUGUUGCAAAAGAAGACAUCCCUAUGCUGGAAAGGUGCAGGCCACCAAAGACUGGCUUAUAAAUGACGUUUGUGACAGUCACAUUUCAUUUUCUAAUACAGUUUAUCAUUGGUGUUACUUUUCUUUAGCUGUACACGUUCUCACUACUGGAGUAAUAUAGAUAUAUAGGGUGUUUUCUUUUUAGACUGCCUGGAAAGCAGUGGUGUCUUCUCUUGCAAAAACUACCCUACAUGGUAUCAGUGAAGUAAUGUCAAUGAAAUGAGUAAUUCCUAGUGGCUGCAUGCUGCUAAGAUCUGUUAACUGAAAAGGCAAGAGAUUCCUAGCAUUUAACUAUUAAGGAACGCAAGUAUUUUGUUCAAUAGUCAGGCUUGUGCAACACAAAGGAAUCUUCAUUGUGCUUCACAAAGCAAAUAACAUCUUUGCACAUGAUUAAUGUAGGGAGCUUUCCUUGCAGAUUUAUUUACAUAAAGAUCUGGGUUUACAACCCUUUCUCACAUAGGUAGGUCAAGGGAUUUAAAUACAACUGCAAGAAUAACCAAGGUCUACUGUAAGGUUCACAAUAUAGGGGCCCCAACUGAAAAACUGUUAUACUUGUAGAAUUACUGUUGAUUUUUAAUGCCAAAUGCUUUAUUCAUCCCCCCUUUGUUUUUCAGAACUGGUACCAAGUAAGGCUUUUCUGAAAGCAGAUAUGUUCCAUUACUGUCUUUACAACUUUCAGUUGUCUGAUUUCUUACGCAGGCCAACCUAAAGAGAAGUUGAAAGGUUCUGAUGUAGUGAUAUCUGAGUGACAGCAGAGGGUGCCAGUUCUCAAUGCUGGUGGAGAUCCAGCAUAGCAGUAGUAGUAGCACCAACAGCAGCAACCUACUGCACUGCAAUACAACUCUGAUGGGGUAGCAGGAGAUACCUGUCAUAGAUUUUGCCUGAAGUUAGGAGGGAAGCUGUGCAAAUGGGAUCAAGUUUAACUGAUUCCUCCUCCUGCUACUUCAAGCUAGGAGGGUAUUGUUUUGAAGGUGUUGCUCCUGGUAUUGUGAACAUCCUCAACAGGAAAGAUAUGAUGAUUCUGUUAUUCCUUGAGGGUUUUUUUUCCUUUUCCCUCUUACCUGGGGUAUCUGACUGUGACUAAUACACAUUUCUCCAGACACUUGAUUUUAUAUAGCUAGUCUUUGGGGGUAUUGAUUGCCAGUUCCCCCUAUGCCCUUUUGCUCAGGCUUCUCUACUCUUAUCCUGCUAUUUGGCAGAUACCCACUAAGCACAUAGCCAACUACAGGGGCUCCCAGUGGCUGCAUAAAGUCUAGGCCUCCCGGCCACUAGACUGAAUACAACAGGGACAAUCCUCAUGGAUAAAGAGACCAAAGCUCUUCCCAUAUUAGCAAAAGUGCAAGAAGAGCAGAUGCAUGUUGCAAGGAUCAUGAACCAAAUAUGCAAGAGUGUCCUUAAGUAGGCAAGUUCCUGGAAUGUUCUUUGCUUUAAAGGUUGAGUUGAUCUUUGCAUUAUCCACAUGUACUGUUUGCACAGUUGCUGGUCUGGGUUCUCAGACACUGUUCAGGCCCAGUCCAUUGCUAGCACACAACACAAACUCAACCAGUUGGCCACCAGAGUUCUUUGGGGUUACAUUUCUUUCUUAACUUAGCAUUGCUUUUUGCUUGGCCAAUGGCUAAAACCACCAAGACAGCCAGCUUGCAAACAAGUAGCAACAUCCUCUGCUUUUGCCAGAUUUUCCUCUCAACGCUAUAAAAGUAGAGAAAUGGUACGUUGCUCCCCCGACCAUUGUACUCUCAAUCCAGUAAUGCCUAUGCAAUUCCUGUCUCCUUUGGAGACAUGUAUAAUGUGUGUGCAUGUAAGUUAGUGUAUGUAUACAGUAAAUAUGCAUACAGUCUAUAUAUUGUAUAUACGCACAUCCCAGUACAUAUACACACAGUACAAGAAAUAAAAUCACAUGCCUAUAUAUCUAUAAAUAAGAUCUUAUAUAUUUAUAUAUUUCUAUGUUUUCAAUAGAUCUAAAGAUAUAAUAUAGAGGUAGAAUCAACCACCUUUGUGUAAGGCUGGCCCUGUGUUCUAGCACAAGGCACGUAACGCUGAAAUCUAAGGACUUCAGUAUAGCUUUAGCCUUACACUGAGGUCUACAUUUGUCUGUAUAGCACGUUAGUGAGAGAGACUUUGUUGUGGUUAGGACAAGGGGAUUCAUGGUGGUAUGUUCAAUAAGGUGCUAAAUGAGGCCUGUGCAGUGGUAGUUUUGGGAAUGUGUCUUGGUGAGGGAAAACAGUAAGCACCCUUGUCUUUUGACUAAGCCUGCCGUAGGUCCUGCGUAUUCACACUGGGGUUGAUACAUAUCCAACCUCUUUAUGCACUUUUCUUCCCCUGCAUGGACAGGGUUUGUUGACUUGGUGGUCCCAGUGCCAUGAAGAUAUGGCUUUUCUGCUUCACCUGGUUGACAGUCCUAGGUGGGCAUCAACAGGCUACAAGAGGGAACUAGUUUUCUAGUCACUAGUACUGCACAGUACAAUAGAGUGUAGUUAUACUCAGCAUAUUCUGUACAACAUAUCACCCAAUGUUUUAGAGGUGCACUUAGAAUAAAGAGAGACAUACUUUACAUAGUUGAAGACAGUUGUUCUCAUGUGGUCAGAUAGGAGGAAUGAAAUAUGGAUGGAGAGGGAGCAAAACAAAAGAAAAGAGACUGAAUUGGGAAUGGUAAAGAUCUGAGUGUUCAAACUCAACUGGGAAUCAUGCCUGCAGUUCUGCUAGAUAAUUUUUGCAGUCUGCUUACUUUACAGUAGACCCAGUGAAUGCAACUGUACUGUUGUUCCUCAGUGAUAGCUGUUUCAUCAGGUUCUUUUAAAGACAGCUACUUCUUAACUGUUAACUAGCCUGACUGACUGAUGAUCUAGAUAGUUUUAUUGGUGAAGGGAAUUAUUUGGUUAAGUAGGGGCCACUGUAAGUGAUGCAUAAUGGUCACAUAAGCCAACACAAAUGCUAACAUUGCUGAUUUGAGGUGUUUAGGCAUUUAACUCUUUCAUCCCCUCCCUUGAAAAGAAAACCAAGAGAAAUAUUUUCAUAUGAAUGGCAGUUUCAGGUUAAGGACAUCUUGCUGGAUCUGGGCUGUAGUUUUCAUGGAUCAGCUUUCCUGGAGCAUAUGUUAAUCUCUGCAGGAUUGACACCCACCUCUUUCCUCUCUCUGCAUCAAACUCAGAUUGCGAACAGAACCAUUCAUCUUCCAAUGUUCUCGGCUGCAUGGCGACACCUAGGGUGACUAGAGAGGUUUCUCUUUCAAAGCUAGUAGACAUGAUAGAGUCACUGCUGCUUCUUCCCAAGAGGAAGCUAUCAUACGUUCAAAGGAGAGGAAUGGAGAUCUGGCUUUACAGCACCAGCAUCAGCCUGGUAACCACUCCUUACUUUUGUUUUAAUUUUUUAUUUCUUUUAUGAGGAGGGGGAGUUCAGUGAAUUUUAGUUCUAAUGAUCGUGACUAAUUACACUGGUAUUGCAUGAGGAAAUGCUGUGUAAGCGUUCCCCACACAACUCUGUCAAUGCACCUCAGUUUCUGUCUGUUGCAGGUUUCUGUCUCCACACAACUACAAAUCCACCUCAGUUACAAACUUGCCCUUCCUGAGUCUCUCUGAGCUGUGACUGCCAGUGUGCUGAAUGGCACCUAAUAAACAUACACAGCAGAGAGAAGUUCUCCCUAGCACCCGUUCUUAAUGAACCUCAUAAAUGGUUUCCCCAUCCCCAGCUUCCUCCUUAAAUGCCACUGACAUUUUUUUUAAGCUCAGUUAGCAAAGCAACCCCCAGCCCUCAUGCUGCCAACAUAGUAUUCACACCUGGUAUUGGGAUCUUUCAUGCACUGCACCUCAUGUUGAGUAAGCUUACUGGGCUACCUGGGGGAACCAUAUCCCAUAUGCUGUAAACAUAUCCCAUAUUGUGAUAGGAGGGCUAUUCAGGUUUCUGACAUUCAGGCAUCCUCACAGACUCAUAAACAGUUUUGCAAGAUACAUAUUUUUUUACUUAAAGCAGACAACAAAAGGUCUUGUCUUAACCUCUCCCUUCCCCACAUCCAAGCACAGCCCUGCUGAACUGUUAGUUUCAAACACACCAACACACACACACAUAUACAAAAUGAGAGAAAAAAGUAUCUAAAAGUCUAUUAUUACAUAUGUAUUAAUAUGUUAAUAUCACACUCUUUCGGAGAACAUUAAAAUGUUAUUACUUUGCAGACUAUGCUUUAUAGUACCUGUGUGAAAGGACCUAGGACACUGGAUACGAAUAGAGCUAUGUUGAUAUAUCAUAGUAUGUACACGAGAACUUUCCUUUUGUCAUAUUAUCCUUGUAAUGUAAGAUGAUUGUUAAUAAAACAUUUAAAUUUAUAAGGA